ACGGCACGGAUUGUUAUCUUGCGUUCAACCAGUUCAAACCACAUAUGCAGACGGAAAACGGGACAAUUGUAAAAGGAGUCUCCUGCUAUGCGCCGAUUCGCAAUAUGGGCCCUCAUGCAUCAGCGGGCCUGGCCUUCGCUUUGAUGUUCUCCAUAUCCAUCUUCUUCACCUUGAUCAAUUUGCGCAAACACGGUCGACGAUACUUGCCGAAGAAUCGACGGUGGUCGCUUCUCGGUCGCCGGGCCAAGUGGAUUUGGAUGCUGGUCCUUGCUGCUUGUGGGGCGAUCAGCUGUUUCAUGAGCAUCGACGUCGAUCGGGAUUACGUGGUGAACAGUCCCUUGAUCCUGCAGAGUGUCUUUUAUACCAUUCUCACUCCCGUGAUGAUGGCUGUCGUGUGGGAGGCUGUUCGACACUGGGGCUCUUGGCAAGAGAGACAGAUUCUGGAUCGAGAUCCGUACGCCUUUAGAAAAUCCAGUACCCGCAAAGGCCAAGAAUUUGUGCUGCCCAUUCUGUUCUACGGCCUAGCCAUAGCCAACUUCUUCUUGACCGUUCCACGCUCGUGGGGGGCGAUUGAAAUGCAACGAAGUUUGGAGCAACAGAUGACGGAUGCCAAACCCGCCGCGACAGAUAUUCGAUGGCGCAUCGCCAGCUUCCUGGCCAUGGGUGGCGUUCUGGUCAUCUGUUACAGCUUAGAGCACAGCAUAUAUCGCUACCGUAUCCGCCCAACAAGCACCUGGGGGCAGCUCAUGUUCUACAUCAACGCAUCACCAUCCCAGUUCCUUGUGGCUAUCGUGUUGCUGGGCAUCAAGAUCGGAUAUGCUAUCGCAUCUGCCUUUGACUGGACAGUGUCGCCGCUGAAGUAUGGGGUCAACUCCGGCUGGAUCUUCGGUUUGGGGUACACGCCUCCGCUACUCCUCCUUGUACUCUUCAACAUCUGUGGCCACUGUGAACUCAACGACGAUCAGGCAAUCAUUUCUCAGCGUGGUGAGUUGGAUAAUGCCGUCGCGGAUUCCAUGGGGGUCGGCCAGAGGAAACCCAGCUGGUGGGCCAAGGGCCGUUCAUUUGUGCGAGAACUCCGGCGGCAGUCAGCCCAAAAAGACACGGAUGAAAUGGACCGGUAUGUUGAGAUGGGCAUCAUCAAGCCGGAGGAGCAGCAGCAACAACUGCGAAACGACCAAGCUCCCGGGCCUAAACCAGAGGCUCAGAUUACCACCCGUACGGCCAGUCAGGGCAGCGAAGGAACCAGUCUGACUGCAGUGGAAAGUGGCUCGGAAAGUGCCCCGCGCCAUGUGGAAUAUGUGACGCAUUCAGAGGGUCUCUCGCGGUGCUCGUCGGACGACCCGACCGCCGUGCAUCCUGCUCCGCAAACAGCAAGGGACAUGAUUGACGGGUAAUUGGGAAUCAGGCAGUUGGAGAUGGAAGGAUGGGAUGUAAAGUAGUCAAGCAUGAAAUCUGAAUUUGUUGUGUGACUGUUCUGAAAGACCAUAGUUCUUUGGCAACCACUGGGGCCUUUGAGGAACGACUUCAAGGACCAUAACGU